GUUUGGCCCUGGCGGGCUACCGUCGGGGCCACCCGGCGGCCACCGUAGGCGCGGGGGCCGGGGUGGGCCCGGCAUGGCGGCGUUCGCGCGGCGGAAGGCCCAGCGGCUGGCGCGGGCGGACGCCAGCAGGAAGGGCGCGCUGGACGAGCGCGUCGCCCCUGUCGUGCAGCUGCUCAACGGGCGCGCCCGGUUCUGCACCACCAGCUCCUGCUCGGGCCGCCUCGUCCUGGCGCAGGGCAGCCCCGCGAGUACAAACGGCUGGGAGAUCCAGAAGAAAAACUGCUCGUGGCUGAUGGUGACACAUGAAACGUGCGUCAAAGACGCUGUGAUGACAGCACUAGAGAAAGCCACUGGUGAUGUUGUGCUCAAGUUUGAACCGUUUGUUCUUCAUGUGCUCUGUCAAGAGCUGCAAGAUGCACAGCUUCUGCAUUCUGUGGCUGUCGAUUCCGGGUUCAGGAACUCCGGUAUAACGGUUGGCAGAGGAGGGAAAAUUAUGAUGGCUGUCCGGAGUACUCACUGCUUGGAAGUUCCAUUGAGCCAAAAUGGGAAGAUGAUGGUCUCUGAAGGAUAUAUUGACUUUCUGAUCCAUGUAGCCAAUCAGAAAAUGGAAGAAAAUGCACGGAGGAUUGACAGAUUCCACAAGCGGCUGGAGUUGGCUUUGAACGCCGGCACCAACAGUCCAUGCCCUGAGGAGCAGGGGAGGCGUCAGGCUGUGUACGUCCGCAGAAGAAAGAGAAAGACCAUCCCAGAACAAGACGUACACACCUCCCCAGAGGAUCCCAGUGGAGAAAUGGAGCCAGAGGAUGAUGUAGAAAGCAAUCUUGAUAUUUUUGCUGAAAUCAUGAUUUAGGCCAAGGUGUUUCCAAGCAAAUGGCAAACUGAACAAUGACUGCAAUGCUCUUUGUAAGAGAUACAAAUACUGCUCUAAGUAGUAACACUCUAAUGGACAUUUACCAGGAAAAAAAGAGGUAUCAAUCAGAAUUGUGAACAGCUGUAAUGCCACAGAAGAAGAGAGAGCAAAGCCUUAGAAUGUUUUGAGUGGGUUUAACACCACUGUUGAAUUAAUAUCUUUUACUGUGUCUGUCUGUUACCAGAGAAAGGUGUGGUUCACUGCAGCCCUGGGCCUUGUUCACUACAGCAGCAUUCCACUUCUGAGUGUGGGGCUUAGGCUUUCUGAUUUCUGCAGAGCAAAGCAACUCUGAAACCUGCGUUGUUACCCUUGAAGGUUUCUAUUUCCUGUAGGACCUCUGCACAGCAGUGUGCACCCAUAUAGACGGCCCUGUGGGAGCAACACAGAGCCACCCAGUGAGUCGGCUGAAGAACAGCACCUGGUGUGGAGAGCAGAAUGGAAGAGCAGUGCUCUGCAGUGCCUCAGCACGCUCCAGCAUCCUGCCUGGCAUGCAGAGGGUGCCAUUUCCCUGCUCCAGCCCCUGUGUCCACCGCUGCUGCAUCCCUGCCCCAGUAAACAGCCAGUAAGGGCUCUUUUGCUUUGCACCUCUUGGCCAAUACCAUAUGCUGAGAUUUCAUUACCUCGUUUACUUGCGUUUCAUUCUGUGUGGUCAGCACCCAGCUGCAGUCCCAGCUGCUGGGCACAAAGUCAACCAAGGCUACAGUCAUGUGCCUUCUACUGCUGACAGUCAAAUGGUAAAGGUGAAACAGUGCAGUUGUGUGUGCAGUCUGUAAUGUGUCCCUGGAAAGGUCACUCCAUGCAUGUAGUGUAUUUGUCAGAAAGAUGGUGAAUUUGCAAACCUUAGCAACAGUGGCUUCUGAGCCCUUCUCUGGCAGAGGGAUGGCCAGCACUGCAAAGCGGGACCCUGAUGGAAGGAAACGGUCUCCUUGGUGCAGUAACUCCCGCUUCCUGUAGGUCUUUGGUUUUGUCAUAUAAACCUGUGUCUUGGGGACAUUUUAAUCCCACUGUAAAAAUGUUAUUUAUUACCUGGCAGCUAAAGGAAAGCUCUAAGUACAUUCUGAAGACUGUUAGACUGCUUCCAUGAGCAGGCCUGCCAAAACUAAUAAAUUUGAGUCUUUGGUGCCGCU